GUCUUUCUCAGCCUGUCAAUAUGGAAGAAAUAAAAGAAGCUCUUUGGAGCAUGUAUGGAGAUAGAGCUCCCAGGCCUAACGGGUAUAGUGCACAUUUCUUCAAAGCUUCAUGGGACACUGUGGGUAAGGAGUUCACACAUGCCAUUAUGAAUUUUUUUCUCUAGUGGUUGAUUAUUGAAAGAAGUCAACAGUACAUUUAUUACUGUUGUUCACAAAGUACCUAAUCCUUCAAAGAUGACUGAGUAUAGGCCUAUUUCCUACUGUAAUGUCACCUAUAAAUAAAUGCAUUACAAAAAUUCUUGCUAGUAGUUUGAAAGGGGGUCUUACCUAGCCUUAUCUCUGCAAAUCAGUGCACUUUUUUUUUGUAAAUGGCAGGAAUAUAGGGGAGAACAUUCUUCUAUCUCAUGAGAUUGUGAAGGGUUACAAUAGGAGGGGUGUGAGUCCACGAUGUACUGUUAAGGCUAAUGUGAUGAAAACAUUUGAUUAUGUUAGCUGUUUUUGAGGAAUAUUUUAAAAGCCAUUGGUGCUCCUGAAAUUUUCACUAGGUGGAUAUUUGAGUGCAUAACAGGACCUCGUUUUUCAAUUUCAAUUAAUGGAGGCAUGGAGGGUUACUUCAAGGGACUCAAGGGGCUGAGACAGGGGGACACCUUAUCCCCUUAUCUUUUUAUUGUGGCCAUAGAAGUGCUGUCCAAUUUACUUGACAAAGCAGCUGAGGAGGGGCAUAUUCUGUAUCUCCCAUCUUGCAGGAAAGUCAAGCUUACCCAUUCGGGUUUUUCUGACGGUCUUAUGAUAUUCCUUAACAGUGAUGUCAAUUCUCUCAAAGCUCUCUUGGACAUUUUUUAUAACUUCUAUAUGAUGUAUGGUUUGAAGCUGAAUCCUGCAAAAACUGAAGUUUUCUGUGCCGGUAUGGAUGAGGAUUCUGUUAAGGAGAUGUUGAGUUUAAGUGGCUUUAAGAGAGCCUCAGCAGCAGCUGCACUCAAUGUUCCCUGGAUGUCUAGAAUUUGCAGAAGGGGCAGGAGACUAGAGUUUGCAACAACUUGUGUCUAAUGUUUGUUUGGGUCCUUGCAAGGAAGAUGUUGUCAACUGGGAGGCUGGUAAGAAAGGGAGUUCACUAUUUCUGGUGCUUGGGAGAAGGUUGGUAUAAGCUUGUCCGGUUCACUCCAUGUCUUCCUCGACAUAGCUUUAUCAGCUGAAUUAUUAUUAAUGAUAGGCUUGUUACGAUGGACAAGGUUGAGAGGUUGUAUACAACAGUGAACACAGCCUGUCAUCUCUAUGGGGAAGAGAUUGGGAAUUUGAGUUGAGCUGGGCUUCAAAUCAUCUGAAAGGUAAAGCUAUAGAAACUCUUAUUCUUAGCCUUUCAUGGCAUGCAUAAGAGUCUCUGAAGCGGGGAGUGGUUGUAUGGAGUUUUUUUAGUUGUUUGCUGUAUUCUAUUUUUUUCGAUCUGCUAAUCUGCUGGGCUUUAACA